AUGCCAUCAGACUUGAAAUCAACCGAGUAUAGCCAAACAGCGCCUACUAGGAAGCGGCGCAAGAUCCGCAAGGGCACGACCAGCUGCUGGGAAUGCAAGCGUCGGAAAGUCCGAUGCAGUCUCGUGGACGACCCCAAUGGGGUGUGCAAAGCGUGCCGGAGACGAGGGGCGAAUUGUCUGACGCAGGAUUUUGCAGACGUUGAUGAUGGGAUUGAACUUGUUGAUGACGUUCGGCACUCGAGCCGGAUUGAACUUGCUGAUGACAUCCGGAUAUCGGCUCGAGUGCCUGAACUAAUAAGCCCGGCUGGUUCUACAGGAGCUAGUCCGAGCCCAAGGCGGCGUCAGGGUGAUGUUGAUCUUGAGUAUGAGAGAGGGUCUACGUUGACCUCGUUAACGGAUCCCAUCGCCAGCAUCUCCCAUGAGUUACAUGCUAGCUUACCGUCGCGCAAGGAUAUCAGCUCUAUCUGCAAAGUGCUUGACCAUGUGCCGCUCAUGUUCCAUGAGUUCUUGACGAGGCCUCAUUCAGAUUCAGAAGAAGAUGCCUCCAGGAGCGUCUGGCUGCUCGAUAUCCCGCCUCCGGAAUCCCACCCAGCACUGCUGGCAAGGUAUAUGCUGCGCCUCGCCACGCCGCUCCAGUCCCUUGACCUGAAGAAAUCAGGAAAACAGCUGAGCGCGCUAUUGGAAGCACCGCAGUUAAUGGCAAAACGGCUAGCAGAGACCGCUAUACAUCUCGUCACCAGCCGCGACGAGCUGCUCGGUAGCGUGGAGGGCGUCGAAUGCGCGAUGCUGGAGGGGAACUACGAAGCGAAUCGCGGCAACUACUGCCCUGCGUGGAUUGCGUUCCGGAAGGCCAUGACGCUGGCGCAGGUGCUUGGGGUUCAUCGUCCACGGCACUCACUGCGCGUGCUUGAUAGCCGGCGUAAAGUGGACAGUUCGUUUCUGUGGUACCGGAUUGUCUAUGUUGACCGCUUUAUGUGCUUGAUGAUGGGGCGUCCUCAGGGCUCGAUGGACCGCAGUAUGGGGUCUGAUGCUGUCAUGGAUGCCGAUACACCGCUGGGACAGCUGGAGCGUUUUCACUGCUUCAUUGCGUCUCAGAUUUUGGAGCGGAACGAUGCGGAAUCGUGCUCUGCAGACACGACUCAAAAUAUCGACUACCAGCUACGGAAGGCAGCUGAAUUCAUGCCUAGUGAGUGGUGGAUGGUGCCGAAUGCCGCGGAACCAGAAGUCGUUGAUAGGGAGAUACGCCUCGUUUGCCAGAUCAACCAUUACGGCCUCAUCAAUCAGCUCCAUAUCCCGUAUAUGCUACGGUUCGCCAACGCGGAGCAGAAGCUACACACCUACUCACAUACGACCUGCAUCAAUGCAUCCCGCGAGAUCCUCACCCGCUACGUCGCCCUCGGCAACUCCAACGGAGUCGCAUACACCUGCCGCGUCAUCGACUUCUUCACCCUCUCCUCUGCCCUCCUCAUCCUGCUAGCGCAUCUCCGCCAGCACACCCUGACACCCGGCGAAUUCAACAACCUAGCGCACCAGCGCCAAGGCGACCGCGGCUUAGUCUCAAAGGCCAUAGACAAUCUCCAGAAAAUCGCCUGGGCAAGCCAGGACCGCAUCAUCGCCAAGUCCGCUGACCUGCUGAGCCGCCUCCUUGAUAUGGAAGCCGAGGCAAGUAUCGGUUCGGCUAGCUACUCAGUACACACCAUCGGCUCCCCGGAAGAUGUUGCAAGGGAAACGGAUAACGGCCCGCCGCCGCUGAAUAAAGGCCUCCGCUUCUGCAUACCGUGGUUUGGCUUCGUGAGAAUUGUACUCGCGUCUUUCCGGCGGACGCCUUCCGCGGCGGAGAUCAUGGCUGGGGAGGAUAUAUUCCAGUUUCGGCCAGAGCCGGACGGGCAACCCGUAGGUGAAAAUCGUGCAGUGGCGGCGGCGGGAGGGCAGUACACGCAAGGCCAGGAACUGACGCCGCCGGAGCAGCCGUGGUAUGCGGAUACAGGCUUUGGAGCGGACGACUGGACGAUGCAAGGCUUUGAUAUGUCGUUCUGGAAUUGUUUCUUUCAGGGGCCCGGGCUGGCUAUGCCCAUGUCUAUGCCGAUGCCUGUGGAUGGGGGCGCUACGGCCGGGGGAUUAGGUAGAAUACCUUGUUCCUCCGAAGCUGACAAAUGUGGAGAGCUCGGUGGAAGGGCCUUGGCGCUCGGUGGAGGGUUCGGUGCAAGCCUCUGGCCCCAGCGCCUCGGCCACGCCCUCGCAAAAUCCUACCUCUCCCGCCCAAACCACACCGUCAUCGGGACAGUGAGGGACACCUCCUCCCCGUCCCUUUCAACCCUCACCACCCAGACAGCCCCCGGCUCAAAGCUCCUCCUGUACCCCCUCGAAUCUACCAACGACACCCACUACACUGACCUAUCCACAUCUCUCGCAACCGCCGGAAUAACGCACCUGAACCUCGUGAUCGCGAACGCCGGCGUCGCGCAUCCACCAGGGACACCGGCGUCCGUGGGGAUCGAGGAUGUGCGGGCCGUCUUUGACGUGAAUGCGCUGGGGACGCUGAGACUUUUCCAGGCUCUCCGGGGGUUACUUGAGCGUGGUGCUGCGCAAGGGAGGGAGGUGAAAUGGGUCAGUGUUAGUUCGGGGGCUGGGUCGAUUGAGGGGUGUAAGGUUUACGGCCGGGGGACGGAGAAGGUUGUCCCGUAUGGGGUUAGCAAGGCGGCGGUGAAUUGGGUGACUGUGGCCAUCCAUGCCUCGGAGACGUGGUUGACGGCUUUCGCGAUCCAUCCUGGCUGGGUCCAGACGGAAAUGGGAAACGCGGGCGCGCGCGUCAUGGGGCUCAAGGAGGCGCCGAAUACGGUUGAGGAGGCGAUUACGAAGACGGUGGCUACGAUUGAUGAUGCUACGCGCGAGAGCUCGGGUGGGAGGUUUGUGAAUGUUAUUGAUGGGACGGAGAUUCCGUGGUGA